CGUUAGGCAGAGCAAUAGUGCCUGGAUUUUACCAAGAGGCGCACAGCGAGAGAGAGGUGGAGGCGACAAUCGCCGUCGAUCGGGUGAAUCUUCUGCAGGCCGACGCCGCCGAUUUGAUCAGAGACGCAUCGCUGAACGAUCGCGUGGAACUUAGGGUUUUGGGCGAGGUUGGCGCGAAGAUCCGCGUCUUGGAAAUUGAUUCUCCCGGCGUUCAGGUGUCAGUGGAUUGCUCUAUAGUGAUAAGUCCAAGGAAUCAGUCAUUGACUUCCAAGCAAUGUGGAUUUGAUGGGUUGAGUCUAUGAUUCUUUGCCCCCACUUCUCUUCUGAGUGUUCUGACCAGUUUCUUCUUCUACACCAUUCUCUUUCUUCUUCACUCUCUGCUAUUUUAUACUCAACAGAGACGGAAUGAUGAGAGGGAAAAAGAAAAAUGUACACAAAAUGAAAAAAAAAAAAAAGAACAGUGAGUAAAAGUAGCAAGCAAUCCUUCUGAAUCUCAUCACAUGGAAGGAGUCACUCAAAAGCAAUGCUUUUCUGAUUCCCAAUAUCAUAAACAAAAAGAAUGAGAGAAUCAGAAAAGUUUAUUCUUUUAUAUUUUGGGAAGUUUGUAAUGAGUUUCAUCCUCUCAUUCACUUGUGCUUUUUUGUUGAUCAAUUCAAUGUUUAGUUGAUUCUUGAUAAUGGUUGAUUUUGAACCUAAUUCUUUAGUUUAUAAGUGGAUUGGAAUUGAUUUGAGUUUGGUAGAACCUAUAUCGGAGAAAUAUAACAACAGAUCAUG